AUGAUUCUAUCAUCCUUGAGAAGCCGACUCUUCUCUCGGCAACAGGAGGGUAGUAUUACCCCCGCAUCCUCCGAUCAUGAGAAGGAUGGGAUAGCAUCGAGUGUCACCGGUACCGACGAAAUCAGCAAGUCCAUCGAAGAAACUGGCAAUUCAACUGAGAAGAUUAGUCCCGAGACAAACAUCAAAGAUUCUACACCUAUUGUUGAGACAUCCCCUCUGGACAUUGAAAAAGCGACACCAACAUCAGGGAAAUUUGGUGAUGAUGACCCCCUUCUUAAAGAUAUCCCUUGGCAAGUUCGUCGAAUUGUCAGUCUCGAGGAUGAUCCCACCGAGCCGACAAUCACCUUCCGUUACUUCCUUUUGACACUUAUAUUUGUUGCACCAGGAGCUUUCUUAUCACAGAUGAGCUCAUUCCGCACGACAUCCGCUCCAUAUUCCGUCUUUUUCGUCCAAAUUUGCUCCAACUAUGUCGGUGCUUGGCUAGCGAAGAUUCUUCCAGCUAAGACCAUACAUUUACCGUUCGGAAGAAGUUUUAGUUUAAAUCCAGGUCCAUGGGGAACGAAAGAACAUGUAUUGGUUACCAUUUCUGCAGCAUCUGGCGCCACUUACAAUUUAGCAUACACGCCGGUCUCCAUUGCUGAGCUCUACUUUGGGGUGACCAUUCAUCCAGCCAUUGCCAUAUUCUUCAUGUGGAGUGUAGUAUACAUUGGAUACUCCUUUGCAGCUAUUGCUAGACAAUUCUUGCUCUAUGACCCAAUGUACCCGUGGUAUCAAGCACUCUGUCAGACUGCUCUUUUUGAAACCCAAAGGAAGCAGAGACAGCAUCCAUCCCGUGUGUCCAAGAAACAGAUGAGAGUGUUCUUCGGUGUUCUCGCAGGUAUCACCUUGUGGCAGUUUCUACCAGAAUUUGUGUUUCCAAUGCUUGGGUCCUUGGCAUUUCUCUGUUGGGUUGCCCCAGAGAACAAAGUUGCAAAUUUUAUGGGGUCAGGUUUGGGAGGAAUGGGUUUUCUAAACCUCACACUCGAUUGGUCAAGUAUUGCGAGUUUAAGUAACUCCAACAGCUUGUUUGUAACUCCAUGGUGGACUCAAGUCAUCAUCUUCCUGGCAUUUGUAGUAAACUGCUGGAUAUUACUUCCAGCUGCGAAGUGGGGAAAUCUGUCCUCCUGGAAACCCGAAUUGAUGUCCAAUCGUCUGUUCAUGGAAAAUGGGACUCGUUAUCCUACCACUGAGCUCAUUACUCCCCAAGCUACAUUCAACGAAACAGCCUAUGCUGAAUAUGGGCCCAUCUAUGUUGGCGCUCAACAGCUUUGGAAUAUGUUCUUCGAUUAUGCUGCUUACACUUCCGGAAUUAGUUGGAUUUGUUUCUUCGGUUUCACACAAAUUAAAGAUACCAUUAGCAAACUGAAUGCUCGACGUAAGAAUAAAGUUGAAGGAGAGACUAUCAAUCACCAAUAUGGAGAUCAACUAAAUGUCCUCCAACGUUCUUACAAAGAAGUUCCGUGGUGGUGGUCUUUAAUCCUCUUCCUUGUCACCUUUAUUGUCAUGAUGGCCAUCCUUGGCACUGGUCACCUCUUUAUUCCCCUGUGGACAUACUUCAUUGCCGUUCUCACUGGUGUUGUGGUUGUCAUCCCGCUUGGUUGGUUAUACGCCUUAUCCAAUUUCCAACUCCCAAUUGGUACAUUCAAUGAAUUGCUGUACGGAUUGAUGGUGAAUACGGUCGAUGGACAUAAGAAUCCCACUGGUGCAUCAGUCUAUUCAUCCCUCGCGGGUGACGCAUGGUAUCGUGCACAACUUAUGCUGCAAGAUCAGAAAAUUGGCCAUUAUAUGCAUAUUCCUCCUCGAGACACCUUCUUUGCGCAGGUUUUUGGAUGUUUCAUCGGUAUCCCAAUCAAUUAUGGUGUUGUAAGAUGGGUCCUUAAUACCAAAGCGGCUUAUUUGAGCGGUGCGGAAACAGACCCAACACAUCAAUGGACGGGUCAAGGUCUUGCUAGUACCUUGACUACUAGCACACAAUAUGUUCUCAUUGGACCCCGUCGCCUUUUCGAGUUACCUAUUUUUAAACCCCUUCCAUACGGAUUCCUCGUCGGUGCCGUUGCUCCAGCUAUCAUAUAUCUUCUCCAUCGCCGCUUCCCCAAAGCCAAGUUUCACCUAUUCAACACCACUAUUUUCUUUUCUGGUCUUUCCAAUUUCUAUGGGAACAUAUCUACCGGAUAUUCUUCUUCCAUCAUUGGUGGUUUCAUUGUCUCUUAUUGGGCCUAUAGGUAUAGGUAUGAGCUCUGGGCGAGAUACAACUAUGUACUUGCCGCCGCCUUUGAUGCAGGAUUCAAUUUGAAUAUGUUGUUGAUUUUCUUAUUCUUUGGAGCAGGCAAGAUCGUCACUAUGCCAAACUGGUGGGGCAACAAUGCGGAUAGUGUGGAUAGAUGUUUUGCUUUGGAGUAA